UGUGAACGUCGAGAAAUAAGCGGAAAUAAUGCAAGUUUGAAAUAAACACGGAGAAAUAUUUAACGAUUAAAAAUAUACACGGAAAUUGUGUUAAGUAGUUACAUAUAAUGGCUAGAUUCGAAACGCAACUGUGCCGGGAGUCUCCUACCUGUUAUAACAGUGAAAAUAUAUAUUUCAACGAUCUGCGUCUUAAUGAUGUUUCUAUUAUUGAACAACAAUGGAGUGCGUCAUAUUGUUCUGAUUCAAGUAACAAUCCAAGCUGUUAUAUAACUAAUGCAUGUCCGGGAACUAAUUUAUCUUCGAAUUCAUUCUACCGAUCACCACAAUAUUGUUCUGGUUCAUCGCCAAAAUUUGAUGAUACGGAAAAAGACUUUCAUGAGAUUUUACUCACACCCACUUCAACAAAAACAGUCGGUGUGCCUGCCGUGCGUAUAAUUAAGAAAAGAAAUACGGCCAACAAAAAAGAACGAAGAAGAACACAAAGUAUCAACAAUGCUUUUACAUGUUUACGAGAAAAAAUUCCUAAUGUACCAUCAGAUACAAAAUUAUCCAAGAUAAAAACGUUGAAAUUGGCUAUAUUGUAUAUUAAAUAUCUCGUUGAAGUAUUGGAUGGAGAUCAAGAUCCAAAGGCCGGAUUUAGCGCAGAUUUAAGGCCACUACACAGAAAAAGUUCCAGUGAUAGAAGAUCAUAUUUAAAGCACGAUUUGAAGGUUAGUUGGAAUAGUUGA